GGAUUUACAGUGAGGGACGAAAAAGAUGGAUUGCAAAAGCACUACCGAGCUCACCGUGCCUGCUCAGCCACUUGUUUACAGCUUCAUGCCCAAAGUGAGCACAACCCAACAGAGAAUCAUGCUUGCCUCAGUGAUGGUGAUUCUCCUGGGCUUCUUCAUAGUUGCCGGCACUUUGGUGGGAGUUUACCUGACCCACAAACACACAGAAAAGGUCCUUGACAUGGUCAUCCAGGGAAACAAGGGGGAAGAGGAAGAGCAGACGGCCAUGGUAAAUGAACGGGAGAACGUGGCCGCUUUCCACGUCAGAAGAAAGAAAUCCACAGCCACAGUUGUGUACAACUAUAACCAAGGUCUAAUAGGUCUCAGAAUCACCAACAGUAAAAAAUGUUUCAUGAUGAAGAUGGAUAAACUCAACAUACCAAGCUUGGAUGAAAUUUCCAGAGAUCUCCCAAAUUUUAAAGCCAAACAGGUCUCUGGAGACAAAAUGUCUUACAGCUUCACAGAGGCGGAACCGGCUGACCGCACUACACUGGGAACAACUCUGAAUAUUCUCUGCAGCGACAUCCCCAUCUACUGGGCUCUGCCUCGCAAGAUCCAAGGAAACCGCAGCAGUUCUGCUUCUCUUGGCUCCCCAUGGUGUUUCUUUAGCUCUUUCUGUUUCUGCUUUUGAUCCGAAAUCUCAAGUUAUUGUGUGAAUUAUGCCUACUCGUCAGCACAGACGGCAAGAGUCUUGGAUGAGGCAAGCAUCAGAAUAAAAACAAUUUUUAUAACUUUUUGUACUGGGUAAUACAUCAAAUCCCCUGGGUGUUUCAGGAAACCCUUCACAACUGGACAACGCUAUCCUGCAAUACGUAGAUCAGAUACAGCUUCCAAAGCUUUGUCACAAACAUGUUGGAGACCAUAAGAAAUAAGAUUACUGCAAAAUAGGGAAAAACAAAUCCAGUAUGGGAGGGAAUAAACAGGAAAUCAACACUCUCUAGAGAGGACCCCUCAGCCCUGAAGGCUUCAUCACCAGUUUCUAUAAAAGUUGCUCUGACAUCAAACCAUACAAGAAAAAUUCACCAACAUUUCUGAGAGAUUAAACAAAGCAAAAAACUACUUCUGCCCCCAAGAAACAUAGCGAAGCUCAUUAAGGCUCAGAAUCAUAAAUGUCCCCAGACCAGGAAGACUUUCAGUUUUCUGCAGACCAAUAUCGAUCAUUAAAAAUCUGAAGACAGCACUCUUUGUCUAAUGCAGAAGAAACUAUCUCCAGUAUUGCAAAUGCCCGCCAGUUAUAGAUUUUGGCACCUGAAGGAUGAGUUCUCACUAUGAGAGAAGCUCCUUCAUUCCUAUGAUUUUCAAGGCUGCCCUGAUGCAGCAGGCCUUCUCUGACUGCCCUCCCUUCCCUGCCUCCAGCUAACCCCAGCCAUUAUUGUCUGCUCAUGAUCUGCCACUGCUCUACCCUGGGUUAUAGGAGGUUGCGGAAGAGCUACUAUAUUUCUGGCAGAGGUGUGGGACACAGGGGGGAGUCAGGGAAUUUCUACUUCUUGGAAAAUUCCAGAGGUUUUACUGUAACAUUACUUACAUGAGUGAUGAAGUUAUGCAUAAAAACAGUCACGAUAGUGUCAUUUUGAACAUUACAAAUAGUUUCAACACUUAAGAUUUUGAAGUGUUAAUGGCUAAUCCUGGUUAAAAUCCUAUUGUAAAAGGGGCAAGUCAUAGUUUUAACACAUUAAUUGUUUGAGAACUAUUUACCUAGUGUAGAUGUGGUUAAUGUUUCAAUA